UUGGAAAAAGAAAUUGUGCUUGCUGCCUGUGGCUCCGCCUCGACGUGGGCGUUGACGUCACAUUACUACCCAUCAAUCAGCCUAUAUUGAUCUGUCAGUUUGAGUACUUCUGCUACGGAUUCAUCAUCAGCCGACUGGAGAGCUUUGAGAAAGGUCUCAAGACAAUGAUGGAGAUGAACUCUACCUCUUCCUAUCACAGCAAUACAACACAUGUAUCUGAGUCUGUUGACCAGCAUGCUGAGCUGAGACAGUCUCUCAACACAAUGUCUCUGAUUGUUUACUGCCUGGCCUUUGUUCUCGGUGUGCUCGGGAAUGGAGUGGUUAUCUGGGUGACCGGGUUCAAGAUGAAGAAAACAGUUAACACAGUUUGGUUCCUCAACCUUGCUGUGGCCGACUUCCUCUUCACAGCAUUCCUGCCCCUGAGUGUGACGUACCUGGCUUUGGAUUUCCACUGGCCUUUCGGCAAGUUCAUGUGCAAACUGAACAGCACAUUAAGCUCCCUGAACAUCUUUGCCAGUGUCUACAUUCUGAUGGUGAUCAGUGUAGACAGAUGUGUUUCUGUGGUGUGGCCAGUCUGGGCCCAGAACCACCGAAGUGUAUGCAAGGUGUCCUGUGUGAGUCUGGGUGUUUGGGUACUGGCUCUGAUUCUCAGCACUCCAUACUUUGUCUUCAGGGACACUGGGCCAUCAUAUAACGAUGUUGACAUCAUCAACUGCUUCAACAACUUCGCCCUUUCUGAUGAUUAUGAAAACCUGUCUGUGUUUCAGCGGUUUCAGCUGUUUCAGCUGGGACAGUUUCGUCAUCAGGCCAUGACCAUCACCCGCUUCCUCCUGGGAUUUGUUGUCCCCUUCACUGUCAUUGUCUCCUGUUAUGCUGUUAUAAUCCAUCGUCUCAGAAGAAACCGCACCCUGGCCAGCCAGUCAAAUCGCGCCUUUAAGAUUAUCGCUGCUGUUAUCAUCGCUUUUUUCCUGUGCUGGGCUCCCUUUCACAUCAUGGCUCUAAUUGAGAUGGUGAAUCACAUCGCUACUAAUCGAAGUGAAACAUUAGACUAUGUCACCACUAUCGGGAUCCCUAUAACCACCAGCCUGGCCUUUCUCAACAGUUGCUUGAACCCACUGCUGUAUGUGUUCAUGGGCCGAGAUUUCAAGGAUAACGUCCGCAAAUCCAUCCUCAAUGUAUUGGAGAAUGCCUUCCAGGAGGAGGUUUCUCGCUCUCACACUGACACAAAGUCAGUGGACGGCAAAGAGAAGUCAAGUCUUAAUACUGAGGUAUAAGGCUGCCCAUGACAUGAAGAAAUAAAUACUGUAACUGUACAUAGUAAAUCAUUUUGACACAAAUGUAUGUACCAAAUUACUUUUUUUGCUUUUGUUGUCUUUAUACAAUGACAACAAGGUGAGCUGUAAAUAUUAUGCCAGAUUGAAUCAUUUCAACCAAAUGUAGUUUCUUUUAUGUGAGUUUUACUGUUUGGUUGGCUAACUGAUCAAAGAGUAUUGCGUUUUAACUACACCUACAGAAUUUACAGUUUGAUGGUAAUAUUGUAUAAUAAGUUGCGAUGCCUUUUGUGGGCUAAACCUUUGUUGAACAAGGUAGUAGUGGAAUGUUUUUAAUCAUACAAAGAAAAUUGCUACAUGAGAUCUACACAGUCCUGUUGUUGGCUGCUCUUUGACUCACAGCAGUGCAUUCACUCUGCACCAUUUUAGAGCUAAAGGCUAUUGUAAAAUGACAUUUCCUGGACAAAUAAGAACCCAGCAGUCAUUUAAAAAUAGGUAUUACAUCAGUUUCCAUCUGUCAGAUAAACAACAGAUUUUGAUUACCAUUCUCUUGCCUGUAUGUGACAGCAAGGAAAACACAAAGUCCCAGUUGUUUUUAGGUCAUACGAUGAUUGUUAUUGUAGUUUUUAUUGCUAUCAUUAUUUUCUAUUAUUAAAAUAACAGAUACAAGAUAUCCGCUUUUGUUGCUCAUAGUCUUUCUAAUUAUUAUUAUAGACUUUCUUCAGAAUAUUAAGUGACCAGCAGAGGGAACUGUUUUACAUAAGUACAGGCCAGGUCAUUGGCUAAUUGAUCAGGUCUUGAAAAGAGUUCUGCCUCUUAACUUCACCUACAAUACUUUCAAUAUGGUAGAUCGAAUAGAUGGUAAUAUUGUACAAUAAGUUGUAGAUCCAUUUAUGAUGCAUUUGUGGGAUAAAUCAUUUUGAAACGAUGGAAAGAUGAAAUGUUUUUUUGUUGAAAAGUGUAUUUAUAUAGCCCUCCUCCGAACCAGAGAAACAAAGUGCUAUCCAAGGGGAAAAAAGAAAGAAAUCAGAAAAAGUAAAACAUAACACACACAUAAAUUCCAAACAUGCAGACAAAUUUGCCCACAUUGAAUAACCUGUAGAGCAAGUGGCUACAUUUAUCUUCGGAGUAACAAUGGUACUUCUUCUCUAUGCUCUUUGACUCACAGCAGUGCAUUCAGUCUGUACCAUACUAGACCUGGUGGAUAUGUGAUAUGUGGGUGCCAUCUUUUUGACAAGAGAAACCAGUCAUAAUUUCAAAAUAGGUAUUACAUUAGUUUAUGGUUGAAUAUGUGCACAAAACAAGCAACAAAAACAUUAGAUUUGUUUGACAAAGGGAACUGUGUGUUUUCCCUCUGUCACAUACUGUACACUCCAGAUGUUGAUAGUAUAUCUGUGCCUGUACGUUACAGCAAAGAAAACAAGCAACAAAACAAGUUGUUUAUAGGCCAUAAUUGUCGACUGUAUUGACAAUUAAAAGGCUGGCACAUCAACUAAUAACAUAGUGAUAGAUUUUGCCACAUUGUGCCUUACUUGCCAUAGAAUAUAGUAGGCUGUAAACUAAUGUAUAGAAGAGAUUUAACUGAAUGUAGAAUAUACAGUGUGAAAUAGUGUCGCUGAGUCGCUGUACUAACAGGCUUAUAGCAAGUUAGUUUCCCAACUUCCUCCCUCACACCCAACUCAACCCAGCCACUGAUCACGUUAUGUGUGCACUUGACAAAAUUUGGCACAUGACAGGGACCACACAGGCCAUCUUUGGGUACAUACAAAGUGAAAAUUAUGUGUCAAGUGCUAGGUUUAGUAUAGCUCAUUUUGUCUGUAUAGUAAUGUUUAUUAAAUAAAUCACCCUGAAAUGUUUAUUUCUCAUGCCACCUGCCAUGUGACUUUUGACUGCUACAUGUCCACUGCAUGCUUUGAUAAACAACUUGUUUACAUUUGUUAUUCAGCUACAGGGAAAGGCUAAUGUAAGCCUAAUAAAUAAAUAUUAUAGUAACUAUGAGAUUAUUAUGCUUACAGUAGCAACUGCAUUGUAUACUUAGUUUAGUUGGACCUUUCAUCAUUGUUAGUUGUUUGUUUUGUUUUUUUAAGAUGAUUUUUUUGGCAUUUUAUGCUUUUAUUUGAAAGUGAUAGUGGAGAGAGACAGGAAGUGUGGGAAAAGAGAGUAGGGGAAUGACAUGCAGCAAACAGACCGGCCGGGAAUCGAAGCAGGGACUCACUGCUCAGCGCAUAUGCACCUAACCACUCGGCUAUACCCAUAAUCUGAGAACAUUAAUGAGCUGCAAGUACAGAUUACUUUCAUUGUUCUUGUUUUGUCCAACCAACAGCAAAACAAAAACAAACAUAUCCAGUUUGAUAUUAAAGAAGAAGAAGAAGAAAAACCACCAAAGCUAGAACCAGUGAAUUUAUGGCAUUGUAUCACAAAAAAAAUAAGAUAAGAAAAAGAUCGAUUGGUUAUCAAUUUUUGCCAAUUAAUUUCCUGUCGAUCAACUAAUCCAACUGAAAGAAUGGAAUGGCACACUUAUUCUAUGUACUGUAUGGCUUUGGUAUAUGUGGCAUAUUGUGAUAUAACAUGAACCUCUCUAUAAAAGCCUUAUUCUAAUGUAAACAAUGUCAGUGAUGAUUUGCUUGUUUUUUGCUGUUGUUUUUCAGCCCUAGUGGCCAACUCUACUAAGGGUUUAUAAAUGUCGAUAAUGAUGAUAACUGUUAUUGUGAUUCUUCUUGUUACGAUUAUUAAAAUAUUAUUCUUGA